GUGCUCGCGCCCUAAGGUGAUGGGCGGGACUGGGGGCGCGGCCGGGAGCCAGGCUGGGGCGGGGCUGCCGGUGCCGUAGGUGCGGCCGCCUGGGUUGCUACAGGUGCGUUGCGGGAGCCCGAGCGCGAACCAGCCGUAGCGGGGUGGACUGCAGCGCCUAGUUUGAGGCAGCCGGGGAGUCAGGGGAAUUUCAGCAUCUUGAAACAAGAUGGACCCAACUCCAUUUAACAGGCGACAAUGGGCUUCUCAAUCAUUGAGGAUCACUGCCAGAGAACUUUCUCUCGUCAAUAAGAACAAGUCAUCUGCUAUUGUAGAAAUAUUCUCCAAGUAUCAGAAAGCAGCUGAAGAAGCAAAUACAGAUAAGAAGAGAAAUAACACUGAGAACUUCCCCCAGCAUUUUAGAAAGGGGACUCUGAGUGUGUUAAAGAAGAAGUGGGAGAAUCCAGAGCUGGGAACGGAGCCUCAGACAGAAUCUCCACGGAACAGCAGUGGUGAGGUGAGACUGAAGGUCGACCGUCUCUGUGUUCCAGUGGAAAACAACACUUCUUCAGUAGCUGAAACUACUCAAGUAGAAGGGAUUGAUACCAGAUCUAGACUUCAGUCCUCUCCAGAAGCCUUUAUCCAGGCUCAGUAUCCCAGCAAUCACAGUGAAGAAUUUAACGUCCAUUCACUAGAGACUGACAAAAUGGAAAAUUGCCUGAGAGAAUCCAAGCAAGAAGUAGGAAAACCUGAAGCCAAUGAGAACCCAGAUGCUACAGGCAAAAUAGAGAAAUAUAACGUCCCACUCAACAGACUUAAAAUGAUGUUUGAGAAGGGAGAUACAGCUCAGACAAAGAUUCUUUGGGACCAAAGCAGAAGUGCAGGUGGAAGAAGGAUCUCAGAAAACUGCCUUUCUUUGGAAGACUUGGAAACUGGCCCUGGUCAGUUGUUAUCUUCUACGUUUAGUUCAGAGAAAGGUGAGAGUAAGAAAAGUCUAGAGAUCCCUCGCCUUUCUGAAACAUCAAUAAAAGACAGGAUGGCCAAAUACCAAGCAGCAGUGUCCAAGCAAGGCAGUUCCACAAACUAUAUGAAUGAGCUAAAAAAUACUGGUAAUGAAAUCAAAACCCAUAAAUUGGAGCAAAAAGAGAAUGUUCCCCCAGAUCAUGAAGACCGUAUCUCCCAUCAAGGAGAGAAGAUUCCAGCAACUGAAAACAGCCUGACAUUCCAUUCCAACAUUACUGAAGAUGGCUCCUGUAACUCCCAGAGUGAAAGUGAAAUCCAAAAGCCUGUACAUCUCAAGCAGCCAAGUCCUGACUCCAGAGCUGCUGGCUAUUCAGAAAGUUCUCUUCCUAAAGCAACAAAGAAAUUCCAGCUGCCUGCAAAAGAGCCCUGUGUUGAAUGUCAGAAAACAGUAUACCCAAUGGAGCGCCUCUUGGCCAACCAGCAGGUGUUUCACAUCAGCUGUUUCCGUUGUUUCUAUUGCAACAGCAAACUCAGUCUAGGAACAUAUGCAUCCUUGCAUGGGAGAAUCUAUUGCAAGCCUCACUUCAAUCAGCUCUUUAAAUCUAAAGGCAACUAUGAUGAAGGCUUUGGACAUAAACCACACAAGGAUCUAUGGGCAAGCAAAAAUGAAACUGAAGAGUCUCUGGAGAGGCCAGCCCAGCUUAUAAGUUCAACUGAGAGUCCCCAGAACCCAGGAGUCGAGGAUGCUCCCAUUGCUAAGGUGGGCAUAUUGACUGCAAGUAUGGAAGCCAAGGCUACGUCUCAGCCAGAAAAGGAAGACAAACCAGCUGAAACAAAGAAGUUGAGGAUUGCUUGGCCACCUCCGACAGAACUUGGUAGUUCAGGAAGUGUUUUGGAAGAAGGGAUCAAAAUGUUGAAGCCAAAAUGGCCUCCUGAAGAUGAGAUCAGCAAGCCAGAUACUCCAGAAGAUGUAGACCUAGAUUUGAAAAAGCUAAGAAGAUCAUCGUCGCUAAAAGAAAGAAGUCGCCCAUUCACUGUAGCAGCAUCAUUUCGAGCCACAUCUCUCAGAAGCCCCAAAACCCUGUCUCCACCUGUUAGGAGAGACUGGAGCAUGCAAGAACAGAGUGAGAAACUUGAGGGGAGUGCAAUGAUGGAGAGAAAACAGAUAAAGAAAGGCAAAGUCAAGGAGAAUGGGAGUGUGGAGAAAGUGGACUGGAAGAACAAAGAGAGAAGGAGGAGCAGGGAAAGUCCCGAUAUCGAGGAAAGGGAUGAUAAGUUUGUAGAGAAUGGUCAAGUAGUAGGUGCAGAUACAUGUGAAGAUGUAAACACAGAACAUCAGUCCUCACUAAAAUCAAAGUCCCCAAAUUGUUCCAACUACGUGGAUAACAGACCCAUCAAGGAAUUUGCAACUUCUCAGAAUCGGAAAUCUCAGGAUGUGGGAUUCUGGGAAGAAGAAAUAGAAGAGUUAUCAGUGGAAGAGCAAAUAAAGAGGAAUCGGUAUUAUGAUGAUGAUGAUGAAGAAGAUGAAAAAUAAAUGGCUUUUAACUAGAAAAUUUGCAAAGGUGCUGGGCCUUAAAUUGGUAAUAGUGUUAGUAAGCAGCUGCCAUCCGUGAACGUGAUGCUUUAACUGCACGUGAACAGAUAACCUUAGAACUAUAAUUUAUCUGGAAGUAAAUUUGGUAUUAAAAUGCAGUGGAUGGCAUUUCCAGCUUACAAGUACCUCUUCUUAAAUUAUUAGCUUCUUCAGACAAACCCCAUAUUGCUACCCAAAUGAAAAUAAAUGCAAGAGAUCUUGUUACUUAAAUCCUUUGAUUUUAUGCAAAGAUAAUACGUGCAUUAAGUACUUUGAAGUUGAAGUCUUGUACAUUCAAAGACAAAAAUUACACUAAAUGAUUCUUUUCAGGAUUUUCUUGUGUUCUUCAAAACCAGGGUUGCAGCCAGAUUUCAGUGACAAACUAUUACUUCAACAAACACUACCACGGACUAGGGACCAGUUCAGAAGGGUCUUAGAAGCCUAACAAUUAUGAUUGAAUGCACUUUAGCAUAAAGGGCACAAAUAGCAUAUUUUCUAAUGAAAAAUUUAAUUGCUUAGUAUUCAUUCAAGUGAUCAAAUUUUUAGUCUCUUUAAAAAUAAACUCAUUUUCUCCUUUAAAUCAGUUUUAAAAAAUAAAUAUACCAUUUGCGUUUUCCAAGCCGCAUUCUAUAAUGAAAUUGUUAGGGGAUAACACCAGCAAUCUUGGUGGAAUAUCUUUUGAGGGAAUUGACAUUCGUCCUUAGGCGACAGUGUUGGGUUAGGGGUGGGGUUCAGCUAUCACCCAAAUAAAAUACAACAUUUGCCAAGGAGUUUUGACAUCUUUGCAAGAAACUGUUCAGUAUCCUUUCUCUGUAGGAUUCAUGUUCUCUGUAAUUUACUUAAUAUGACAACAUUCUUGAGACUCUUUAAAAACCUGGACCUCUGUGGAGACUUCAUUUGUAAUACUUAAUUAGCUUUGAAAUGUAUCAGUUACGUUAAAGACAAUAUUCCCAAUGUAAAGCUAGACCAGCUGUCGUCCUUUUUCUUGCAACUUGUUUCUUGUGUUAAGAUUUCUGAACACUUCAAAUAUUUGAUUACGUUUAUUUUACAUAAUUUAUAUUCCAGAUUGGGGUGGGGGGCGGGGUUUAAACUGUAGACUUUCGUACUGUCUCUUUAGAAAUUUAGCUCCGAUUAUAUUUUUUAGAGAUGUAAAAUAUUCUGCUUUCUUACCAAUAUCUCUCAUAAUGAAACAUUUUUAUCCAAUAAAGCUUUCCAUUUACAUUUA